CGCGGCUCUUUCCUCGAUUACAUUCGAGCACAUAAAGGGAAGUUGGUGAUUUCUUCGGUCUGUAUUAUAUUAGAGCCAUGAUCAAGCUUUUCUCUUUGAAGCAACAAAAGAAGGAAGGAGAAGGUGCAAAGACAGGGACGAAGAGGGCUUCUGCGGCGCAACUAAGGAUAACGAAAGAUGUACGGGAUCUUGAGCUACCAAAAACAUGUCAGAUAGAAUUUCCUGAUCCAGACGAUCUUCUAAAUUUCAAGCUCAAUAUUUCACCAGAUGAGGGAUUUUACAGAAAUGGAAGAUUUAUCUUUAGUUUUAAGGUUGGUCCAGGAUAUCCUCAUGAUGCUCCAAAAGUCAAGUGUGAAACAAAAGUUUAUCAUCCUAACAUUGAUCUAGAAGGAAAUGUCUGUUUGAACAUCUUGAGAGAGGACUGGAAACCUGUUCUUACAAUAAAUGCAAUAAUAAUUGGAUUACAAUAUCUGUUUUUGGAACCAAAUCCAGAGGAUCCUCUUAACAAAGAUGCUGCUGAAGUUCUUCGAAGUAACAGGCGGUUGUUUGAACAGAAUGUGGGGAAAUCCAUGAGAGGAGGAUAUGUAGGAAGUGUCUACUUUGAACGUUGCCUCGUAAAGUGAUGCCUUCAUUGGACACUCCAGAGAGCUUACCCUCUAUUUAUUAACACUUAAAACUGUUGCAGUGCAAAUUUGCUAAAAUCAAAGCCAAAGAGGAGUUUGGUACCAGGCACUUUUGAACAAUUCAAGGGACACUGGGCACAGAUGGAGGACUUUAAAGUUACUAUAAACAAAUCUUAGACCCUUAAUUUUCCAGAUCAAGAUUUGUUUUGCUUUAUCCUCCUUUUAGCCCAAGCUUUUAACCUUCUUUUUCUCUUGAAUGUUACCAUUUUCUUUCUAUGGAAAUAAUCACGUUUCAAAGUUAACGUAGUUGACUGGAAACCCCUAGUUCUUUACUCUAUCUGAAAUUAUCUGGAGGCAAACUUCAACUCCUGUGGUUGAUAGCAUUUCCUAAGUUUCUCCCAAAUUAAGCAGGACAGAAUUCAGAGAAACUGUUGCCCUGCUAUAAUCAUUGAAAAGUACAGCUUAGUAGCUCAAGUAUGAAUGAAUAAUUGUGAGGGUUUUCUCAGAAAAAUAAUAGAGGAAAUACCAUCUACUAAUCUGUGGUUUGAGUCUUUAGGUGUAAGGUUGUUUUAUAAAGUUCCUGAAAUGCAGUGCUAGAUUUCUUAUUUUUUUUGCCUGACUAAGAAAAUAAUUUUCUUCUAGUCUUUAUCUAUAAAAAUUCACUUGAUUAGAUUAUGAAGCUAAAUUUAGGAGACAAGGAAUGGUCAUUGAUUUUAUUGUGCUUUAGCAGUCUUGUAUCUCAUUGUUUGAAAGUGUUUCAGUUCUCAGCUUCAAUUGUCUGCUGUAAAUGCUACAUAGGGAGGGAAUAUCACUGUACUGAUAUGUGAAAUCUAGAAUAGACAUUUUUUGUACAGUUGUGUAUAAAAUAAACAUAGUAUGCUGUGUAA